GAAUGGUACAAGAAAUAGUGAAUUUGCAUUCUACAGGUAUGGAGAGAGAUGUAGACGUAUUGGGAAAGUACAGAGCGGUUUCUAAUAAAUUGAAAAAACGAUUCUUAAAGAAGCCAAAUGUUGCUGAAGGUAGCGAGCAGUUUGCGUCACUUGCAAAAAAUCUGAAACAACAGGAAUGUCCACAGUAUGCUGCAUUUUGUUCCCUGGCACAGGCCAGGUGUGAGCAGACCCUAUCUAAUCCAGCUGGUGAGACCCAGGCACUGACUGAUGCUGCCCGCUCCUUCCUUCAGGCUCAGGCCGCAGAGAGAGACUUACAGUGCCCGACAUUUGAGGAACAUCUCACUGCUGCCAUCAACUGUUACAGCCAUGCUAUUAGGGUUCAUAUUGAGAAUAAGCAAUCAGCUCUGGCUGCAGCACUCUGCAUUGAACUAGGAAAUGCCCUAAAGUCAUUUGACAAACCUGGUGAAGCCAUGCUACACUUCCAGAGGGCUGCAGAAUUGCAGGCACAGAGCCCUUUGGACUGUCUCCAUUCCCUGGGACUUGUGGCAUCCUGCAAAAUUGACACAAAAGACUACGAUGGUGCUUUAACUGUGUUGACAGAGAUGGCUUACUUGGCCCAGGAAAGAGGAGGUUCCCCCUCAGGCAAACCUAUAGGCGCAUUUGCAGACAUUUUGGCCAGGUGUGAGGUCUCCAGAGUACUACUGCUCAUGUUAUUACAGCCUACUCCACAAAGAAUUAGACCAGAACAUGCUCAGACACUUGAAAAGUACGCCUGGGAGUCCAACAGCCUGGAUAGUUUGGCAGCCCAGUGUUUAGGAGAAGACUUGUUCCUCCUGUUACAGUCAGUUGUGAUGGCCUGUCAGUCUCGAGAACUGGACUCUCUGAGAGCUCUGCAGACUGAUCUCUGGUCACACCUGUCUGCUGAACAGAACCAACUACUCCACCUGGUCAUCAAAGAGCUGACCUAUCCCUCUGGGGAAGGACUGUGAGAUUUUGUCU